UGUAUUCUGAAACAAAUUCUACAACUGAAUUUUAAUGAGCAUCUAAGCGCCCCCGUUUGAUUUACUGCCACUAGCAAAGGAGGCAAACGUACGGGUAUUACGUUUUCUGUUGUGUGUGUUCGAAGGAAGCAAAACUCUGCAAACGGGAAAACUUUCGUGCAAAUAAGGGUGAACAAAAAUAUAUUUUCGUGUUCAAAAGACGUUUGGAUUAGCAGCGCUAAAAGUGCUGAAGCGAAUGCUGCAUAAACGAAUAACCAGUGAAUCGAACGGAACGUCGAAAACGAACUUUGCUGCCACAGUAGAAGAAGUGAAUAUCGUGGAACUAUAAUGGGUGACAUUGUUUAUCCACCGGGAUGUCGGCCUAUAAACGAGGAUCUCGGGCCGGACGAACUGAUCCGGCGCUUGAAAACAUUAACCCAUACACUCCAAGCUAUGGGACAGGAUGAGGGUAUGUAUACCCAAUAUAUUCCUCUCGCGGUCCACUUGGCGGACGAUUAUUUCCUGCAACACGCGUCGAAAGAUGUCCAGCUUUUGAUUGCUUGCUGUAUUGCGGACGUUCUUCGCGUAUACGCCCCGGAAGCUCCAUAUAAGGACCAGGAGCAAAUAAAGGGUAUUUUUCUGUUUCUGAUAAAGCAACUUAAUGGUCUGAAGGAUCCCAAAGAUCCUGCAUUCAAGAGAUAUUUUUACCUAUUGGAAAAUCUGGCCUAUGUCAAAUCCUUCAAUAUGUGUUUCGAGCUAGAAGACUGCCAGGAGAUAUUUUGCACGCUGUUUAGUCUGAUGUUUAAAAUUGUCAAUGAUGAACACAGUAGUAAGGUUAAAUCGUUCAUGCUCGACGUUCUCUGCCCGUUGAUUACUGAGUCGGAUUCUGUAUCGUACGAUUUGCUAGAUUUAGUAUUCAUCAACAUUGUGGAACCAUUGCGCACACAGAAGAAAAACGCUUACCAUCUAGCCAAAGACUUGAUAGUGAAAACUAGCGAUACACUGGAAACAUAUACGCAGGCCUUCUUCAAUCAGAUUCUGAUUUUGGACAAGUACGAAAAGCAGUACCAGAUAAUGCCCAAAAUUUACGAUGUCAUCUAUGAGUUGAACGUAAUAAGUCCUAGUAUUUUGCUGUCCGUACUCCCCCAACUCGAAUGCAAGUUAAAGUCUGCACAAGAGAACGAACGAUUGAAGGCAGUUUCUCUGCUGGCCAGAAUGUUUUCCGAAAAGGAUUCCAAUUUAGCAAAACAGUAUGGCCCUUUGUGGCGCCAAUUUCUCGGUCGGUUCUACGAUAUCGCUGUUCCUAUUAGAAUCAAAUGUGUUCAAAGCACAAUGCACUUUCUGCUCAAUCAUCCUAAUCUAAGAAAGGAUAUUAUCGACAUUUUGAAGGUACGCCAGCAUGAUUCGGAUGAAACGGUUCGUUAUGAAGUGGUGAUGGCCAUUGUUGAAACUGCCAAGCGUGACUUCCAGAUAGUGUCCGAGUCCGACGAUCUGCUUGAGUUUGUGAAAGAACGCACAUUGGACAAGAAGUACAAAAUACGCAAGGAAGCGAUGAACGGCUUGGCUAUGAUUUAUAAAAAGUAUCUUAGCGAUUGCAAUGUGCCGGAGGCCACGAAAAAAGCGGUCAAUUGGAUCAAGGACAAAAUUUUGCACGGGUACUAUAUGACUGGAAUUGAAGACCGGUUAUUGGUAGAGCGACUGCUUAUCACAUGUCUUGUUCCAUAUCAGCUUCCAGCUGAGGAACGGAUGAAGAAACUUUAUCAGUUGUUAGGAACUAUUGACGAAAAUGCUACCAAAGCAUUCAUUGAAUUGCAAAAAAAUCAGCUUAAAGUGAGACGAAGUGUUGCAGAAUGGAUCAAGCUUCAUCGAAUUAAGGAAAUCACUCCCAACAUGCAGAAGGAUAUGAAUGCCAAGUGCGCCAAUAUUGCUAAGCAGCUUCCAGACCCGGUGAAAGCACAAGAAUUUCUCCUAAAGUUCAGUGCCCAGAUGCGGAAGGAUCCGAAACUGAUCUCCGAAAUGGAAACCAUUCUAAAGCGAGAUGUUACAUGCAAAGAAUGCGCCGAAACAAUGGCGAUUGUGCUGAAAAAACUUGGCCAACCAAUUAUGACCAAUACGUACUAUAAUACGGUUAAAAUGUUGCUCGAACGUAUAGCUUCCGUGAUGGUAGACAAGCACUCAAUAGGAAUUCUUAUUGAACUCAUCCAGGAAUGUAUGAACGGAUCUGAUGUGAUUGAUGAAGUUAGCUUACCUUCGGAGUCUGCAGGCGAACGUGGUCUCAAACUGCUGACUGUCCUGGCAUAUGUUUUUUCCGCACAUUUCCAGCACAAGGAAAUUCUACGACAUAUGAUAGGAUUAUUAAACUUCGAUGAAGAAUACGUUGCUCCAUAUGUACUGAAGGCUUACACUUACUUGGGUCGUUACAAACCACUUGUCGAGUCCCAUUUAGAUAUCGCAAAAGAGUUGGCACCGAUUUGUAAGGAAUUUGCGGUGGCUGGAUCACCAAAACAGGCCAAGCAUGCCAUCCGGUGUAUGUAUGUCAACACACAAACCAGCGACCCGAACAUUGAUCCUAGCAUAGACAUAUUCCCGGAUAUUGUGGAGUCCUUUAAACUCACGCUAAAUCCAGAAAAUGAGCAUUACCGAACAGCUAUUGUGAGUCUUGGUCAUAUUGCGUACAACCUUCCGGAAAGAUUUCACGUUCAAAUCAAAAAUAUUAUCUCACGAAAAAUUGUUAAGGAGCUACUCGUGAAGGAAACUGUGGAAGGGCGCUUAGAUAUACCCCACGCAGAAUGGUGCGACGAGGACGAUCUCCCAGAGGAAACUCGCUGCAAGGUGGAAGGUCUGAAGACGAUGGCUCGCUGGUUGCUCGGACUGAAGAAAGAUGUCGUAUCGGCGCAGAAAACCUUCCGAAUGUUGAACGCGUUCAUCAGCAAGAAGGGAGAUCUGCUGGAACAAGGAACUCUUUGUGCAGCGGAAAAAUCCUGGUUGCGGCUGUCGGCUGGAAAGGCAAUGCUUAAAAUUUGCGAACAAAAAGGUGUCGGUGAUCAGUUUAUUGUGGAACAGUUCUACAAUCUUUCGCAGUUGAUGUGCGAUCCAGUACUAGAAGUACGUGAUACGUUUAUCAAGAAGCUUCAUAAAGGUCUUAAUAAAGGAAUUCCUCACAAGUGUCUUCCGCUGGAUUUCAUGGGCUAUUACGUACUAUGUGGAAGGGAAACAGACAGAAAGUUACAACACCAGGUGAAGUCAAACAUUGAAACUGAUGUGAAUCGACGAAGGGAAUACGUGAAAACAUUUGCCACAGUGGAACGUGCUAUGAGUCAACUGCCGCACAUACUUCCCGACUAUAUGUUGGUGUUUGCCGUCCCAGUAUUGACACACGAUCCCCGCUUCACUCGACAUACGGAUCCGGUUCAGCUGCGGCAGAUUGAACGCUGUCUGUGGUUGAUUCUUGAACCUCUGGUCACUAACAAGGAGUUCUUUUGCUUCGGUUUCUACAAGAAUUUAAUUGAACGGAUGAAAAAUUACAAAGAUGCCCUGAAGCCGGACGACGAGGAGAUAAAUUGCAAAUUAUGGGCCAUUUGUGACAUAGCGCUAGGAUUAAUUCUUACCAAAGUAAACACUUUCGAUGCACGCGAUUUUCCGGUAGAUGCACGCAUUCCGUCAAUGUACUUCCAGGCUCAGUCGGAAAAUUUCCACAAUGCACGUUUAUACAUACCUGAAGACAUGUAUAAUCUGACCGGAUCAAGCUCAGCCACUGGGAAAAAAACUAUUAUGGCAUUGAAUGACCGUAAGAAAGCUUCUAGCUCGAAAACAGCAUACAAUCACGAAGGCAACGGUGGUAGUGAGGAUAACGGCAACGAUUCUGGAGCAGAUGACGAUGAACCACCAGCGAAAAAGAUGCAUAGUAGUAGUAACGAGGAUGACUAAUAGCACCACAGGCAAGAAAAUGGUAAUGACGCAACUGUUAACACAGAUUAAGAAUUUUUAGCAUAUAGGGCUUAUAUAUCUAAUAAUAACUAAAAAGAAAGUUGAUCUUUUUAUAUUAAACUAAGUGAAACAAUGGACAAUUUCUAUCUUUUUCGGCAUCAAUAGAAGUUUACACAUAAUGUAAGAAAUUUGAACAAAAAAAUGUAUGCUGUUAAAUUAUUUAUCUCUUGAGUUUUGUGACGUUUAUGAAAGUGAAAACAUUAUAUGUUUCAAUGAAUCCGAUACCACUCAUACAUUACGUUCGUUCGAAACUGUAAAAAUUACAAUGAUGGCUAUAAUAACGGUAAUAUUCUGAAAUUUGCAGAAAAUGCAUUCAACUUUCGCAAAGCAAAACACGGUUCAAUAAAUCCCCGCAGCUCACUCAGUAA